AAUUCCUUACCACCCCUCAACAAGAACUAGCAUGAGGGGAGCAAACUUUAGAAGAGACAAGUUCUUCUUUUCACCUUCUUAUUAUUUAUUAAUACUUUAAAUAUCCAUCUCUUAACUCAAACUAUCUCUCUCUGUCUCCCUCUUGGUCUAUCUUUUUUGGUUUCUGUUCCAUUUCUUAUUUUAUAGUAACAUAAGAAGGAACAAAUAACAAAGAAAGAUACACAGAAAUGGAAUGAGGGAGAGCUAGUUAGAGAAGAGAAUUACAAAAAAAAAAAAUGACUCAGUGUAGUUACCCUGAAAAUAAUCAUAGUACUGUCAUUGUGGAGAGGCGUAAAGAUAGCUUAAUCAGAACUUGUCCUACAUGUGGUCAUCAUAUCAAAUGCCAUGAACAGGCUGCUGGAAUUCAUGAGUUACCUGGAUUACCUGCUGGAGUGAAGUUUGAUCCUACUGAUCAAGAGAUUCUUGAACAUUUGGAAGCAAAAGUGCGCUCUGAUAUUCAAAAGCUUCAUCCUUUAAUUGACGAGUUCAUUCCUACUCUUGAAGGAGAGAAUGGAAUCUGCUGUACUCAUCCAGAGAAGUUACCAGGUGUUAGCAAAGAUGGCCUACUCAGACAUUUCUUUCACAGGCCAUCAAAAGCAUACACAACAGGAACAAGAAAAAGGAGAAAAGUGCACACAGAUGAAGAUGGAAGCGAGACAAGGUGGCACAAAACAGGUAAAACAAGACCAGUCUAUGUGAGUGGCAAGUUAAAAGGGUAUAAGAAAAUCCUUGUGCUUUACACUAACUACAGAAAGCAGAAAAAACCAGAGAAAACAAAUUGGGUUAUGCACCAAUACCACCUUGGAAACAAUGAAGAGGAGAAGGAGGGGGAAUUGGUAGUUUCCAAAGUUUUCUAUCAAACACAACCUAGGCAAUGUGGUGGUUCAUUGAUGAAAGAUUCAUCAAUGAUAUUUUCUGAUAAACUUAAUGGUGGUCAAGAUGUGCAUGAGGUAGUUAAUCAUAAAAACAGUGGAUUUGUUGAAUACUACAAUACUUCUUUCAUAUCAUUUGAUCAAGGGGAGCAACAACAUAGAUCAAGCAAUGCACAAGUGAUUUCUCAUUUUCCUGUUCAUGAUGGUACUCCUUUCAUUCCUUGAAAGAAAAAGCAUCAAAUGAGAUGAAUAUAUACUUUACAAAUUGAAGAAAUAAAUUAAUAACAAAUAGUAGUUAAGAGGGAAAGGAAAAGUAGCUGCUUCUGAAAACUAGUGGUGAGGGCUAAGUAAAGAAAGAUUUAUAUAUAUUUGGUUGUAAGUUGUAACUUUGUUUACUUUUUUUUUUCUCCUUCUUUUUUUGCAAUUUUUGAAGGGUAGCUGCCUUUAUGGUUGGGUAGCUGCAUUACACAAAAUCAUACAUAUCAAAAGGCUUGUGGCCUUUAUACUUGGGUAAAUAUUAACUAUCAAACUGUAUACAAACAUGACUUUUACCUUAAGCAGUCUUGAACUAGUGAUUCUCAGUGUAUUUUUCACUAAAAA